ACCCGGUAGUGAUGUCAGUUCCCGGAGUUAAGAAACGUGGCCUUAGUAAAUGGGCAGUGAUAGAGGUGUAGCGGUUAGUAAUACUAUAACAGUAAUUAAGACCUGCUCGUGUGUAGUCUGACAGAUAUAUUUUGAUCAUUUUGACAUCUGAGCAUUGCACGUAAACAUGGCCGAUGUCGACCAGGGAUCGACAUUUUCCAGUGAAUCCGCUUCUCCGGCGCUUGACAGUCUAAAUGCCAAUGUCUCCAAUGGAACCGACUCCACCAAUGCCACGGUAGCCAAGUUUGUUUCGACACCUGAAGGCACGGCUUUGGCAUAUGGAAGCCUCGUAUUUAUGGCCCUGCUCCCCAUCUUCUUCGGAGCGCUGCGGUCAGUCAGCUGUGCCAAGAGCAAGAACUCCUCGGACAUGCCAGAAACCAUCACCAGCCGAGACGCGGCCAGAUUCCCCAUCAUUGCCAGCUGCACUCUGUUUGGGCUGUACAUCUUUUUCAAAAUAUUUUCUCAAGAGUACAUCAAUUUGCUACUAUCAAUGUACUUCUUUGUGUUGGGGAUUUUAGCGCUGUCACACACUAUCAGUCCCUUCAUGAACAAGAUAUUUCCUGCAAACUUCCCAAAUAAGCAGUAUCAGCUGCUAUUCACCCAGGGAUCUGGGGAAAACAAAGAGGAAAUUGUCAAUUAUGAGUUUGAUACCAAAGAUCUUGUGUGCCUUUGCUUCAGCAGUGUGGUUGGAGUUUGGUACGUCCUCAAAAAGCACUGGAUUGCCAACAAUCUCUUUGGGUUGGCUUUUGCUCUCAAUGGAGUGGAGCUGCUGCAUCUCAACAAUGUCAGCACUGGCUGCAUCCUCCUGGGAGGCCUCUUUGUAUAUGAUGUCUUCUGGGUUUUUGGGACCAAUGUUAUGGUGACAGUGGCCAAGUCAUUUGAAGCACCAAUUAAAUUGGUUUUCCCCCAGGAUCUCCUGGAGAAAGGCCUAGAAGCCAGCAACUUUGCCAUGCUAGGUCUGGGUGACAUUGUGAUCCCAGGUAUCUUUAUUGCGUUACUUCUGCGUUUUGAUGUCAGUCUGAAAAAGAACACCCGUACCUAUUUCUAUACCAGUUUCUUCGCCUACAUAUUCGGCCUGGGCCUGACUAUAUUCGUCAUGCACACCUUUAAACAUGCUCAGCCAGCUCUCCUGUAUCUGGUCCCAGCCUGCAUUGGAUUCCCGGUUGUGGUAGCUCUUUUAAAGGGAGAGCUGACUGAAAUGUUCAGGUAUGAAGAAUCUUCCCCUCUACCAGAGGUAGCCUCUAACGAAGAGAAAGAGACCGAGAAAAAGGAAAAAUAGUGAAAGUGAAGCUCAGCACAUCGUACUGCCUCUACAUUUCACAGCUCUGUAUACUGAUGAGGGAAGUUGGCAAUUCUGUCGCGGAUGUGUUUGUUGUACGAGAAAACUAUAUUAAAGUAAUUGUAUUUCAUUGGAUAUUUUGUAGCAUAUAAGUGGUUUGUUUAAAGAAAAAAAGUACAACAGCGUAUUGGUGCCUAUGUAUUCCAUUUUUUAUUUAUUACAAAUUGCCUUGCAUUCUCAUAGGCAGACUUUAUUUUGAUGUUAAUUAAGGCCAGAAUUUUAAAUCUGUCACUGAAAAUAUUGCAUUUUCCUUGUGAACCCGAUAUGACAAGGGGGAAGCACAUAUUUCUUUUAUAAUGACACCUAUUUUAGGGGGUUCCUAAAGAAUGCGAUUGAAAUAUAUUCAUAGUUUUGUUCCGAUUGGAAUAACAUUUAACUGACUUUCAUAGUUUUUCUAGCACACUUUCUAUUUUUUAACUUUAUAACUCAAACGAAACCAUUUUGUUAUGUGCAUGCACCAGUAGGAUUAUGUCAGAGGUCAUGCACCAAAUUUUAAUGUGUGUUUCCUGUGCGCACAUUCAUGUUUAAAUAUAUCCUUCUGCAGGAUAUUCAGUGUUCCUUCCUAUUCUUUCGGAUUUGUAAAACUCUUAUCACCCAUGUAUGUUCUGCAUUUACUGUCUUUUGUUGUUAUAGCAUUUAAAAGACUAUUGGCUUGAAUGUGUUAUCUUCAGUACAGAGACAGUAAAGCAGCAAUUCUUUAGAAUAUAACCUCGCUUUUAGUGUAAGAUGAAGGAUUAACUAUAUUUGCAAUCCUAAAGAUUUCUACAGCCUGUCAUAAAGCACAUUUAUGAUUCUUGAAUUGCUCUUUCGAUCAGUUUUAACCCAUUUCAUGUCAUUAUGAAGCAAGUAUUCUUGAAAAAAAAAGUAAAUUGUGAGAUAUCUAAAGUUUGUCUUCUUAAUUCUUUCUACUGAAUUAGUUCUAUUACUAGACCACAGCGGGGUAAUACUGCAUCUCCAUGAAGAAUGAUUUGCCUUACUGGAUUUGGGAUUUGACUGCAAACCUUAAAUCAAUGUAUCUGGAAACAAAUAUCAGACUUCUUACAUCUAAAUUUCUUUUGAACUCUGAUUUACAUUCUGCACUUGAAUCUACUGGACUCUUAGUCACUGAUAUCUGCUGAAUACCUAAUUUCAUUGUAUGUAACCAUGCAAGCUGGAAUGUCAAUGUGGCAUUACCCUGCUGGUUCCAAACAUCUUCAUUUUGUCCUUCCUGUUUGCAGUUAUGUGUGUUAGAUUUUUUUUCUUCUUCUAGGUUCUUGUAAGCAGGAAAUUUAUUAAGACCAUUAUGUUACUGCUGCACUUGGUCGGUGAUAGACAAGCUACGUGUUUCUACUUAUCAAAUGCAGCAGCAGUUUUACAGUAUUGUCUUCUUAAAUCCCAACAGAAACUGGCAAGAUCCUUGUACUGUUAGAAGUAAAAGAGUUUAAGGUUCUGGCUUUUCUGUGUUAGGGUUAGGUCAGAUUAGGAGGGUUAUUUUUUUAUUUCAUGUCCAUGCUUUGCUUGAUCUAUGUUUUAAAUAUGCUAUCAUCUGCUUUUUAUCCCCUAUUGUACCAAUGCAAGUUCAGGCUAGCUUCUUUGCGGAGGAGCUGUACCGUUCUGCAAUAAACUGUGGUGUACACCACUGUAGAGAUGCAUAAA